AUGGUUGGUAUGUUGUGCUUGAACGUUGAUGGUGCUUAUGUUUCUUCAUUACAACAUGGAGGCAUAGGAGGUGUUCUGCGUAAUGAGAAGGGUAAGUUUAUCGCUGGCUUUGCGUAUAGGGUGCCUAAUGUGUCUUCUGCUUAUCAUACUGAGUUGCUUGCUAUUAAAUCUGGGUUGGAGAUCAUCCAGACACUUGGUUUGUCCAAUAUUGCUUUAAUGAGUGAUUGUUUAGAGGCUGUUAAGGCUGUGACAGAAGAGGACCAAGAUUUAUCUUCUUUGGGAACUAUUGUUGAAGAUAUUAAAGGUUUGCUAGGUGAAUUGCAGUCUAUAGGUGUUCAUCAUACUUAUAGAACUGCUAACCAUGUUGCUCAUAGAUUAGCAGGUCUUGGUUUUGAUUCUGACAUUCAUAUGGAAAAUGGUUCUUUCAAGCUCCAGAGUCUGUUCUGGAUGCCCUACAGUACGAUUGUAAUCGUAUGA